AUGAUAUUACAAAAUAUCCUGCCAGCCGUCUUGUGUGUGCUGGCACUUAUUUGUUGCAUUAUAGAAGCUACACUUACAGAAAAAUUGCAAAAUUCCGGCGCUGAUUUUACUACCUUAAUUCAGUCUAAUAAUAGAAGCAGCACAAACGAGAUUUUUAAAAUUAUUUCUACCUACUCUAUGUAUAUUUUACUUAUUUCUGGAAUGUUUUGUUAUACAUCUAUUGACCAUAAAAUAGGCACGUUUGCAAUUAUUUCUGAAGUGCUGGCUUUGUGAAUGAGCGAUAUUAUGAAAAUGCAUUAUUCGCAUCCGAGGCCUUUUUGGUGAAACUCUGACGUCGAAGGGAUUAUUUGUGGAAGAGGCUGGGGAGCUCCUUCAGGACACGCACUUAUGGUUGCAGCUGUUGUAGGAUAUUUUGCUGGAGAAUUUGUGAAAAAUAAUAAAGAAAAAGCGCUUGCUGUUUCAAUUGGAGCUAUUAUUAUAGUUUUGGUAGAUUUUGAUAGAGUUUAUGUCGGAGUUCAUUUCUAUUUUCAAGUCAUUCAUGGGAAUAUUAUGGGAUUUUGUAUUGCGUUUUUAUUAUUAAAUGACAAAAUUAGAGGAUAUAUCAAAAGAAGUUUUGGAGAUAAAAAAUUUGUUUUGAUAGUAAAUUUUGUAUUUGGGAUUUUAUGGAUGUGGGGAAUAUUAUUAUGAUAUGUUGCAUUGAUCGGGAAAUUAAUUUUUAUAUGGCCAAGCAAAAAUCAACUUAAAAAAUAAUUUUAAUAGAAAUUAGCAUUUUAUAGAAUAUAUUUGUAUAGAGAUCCUGAUUGGGAUAAAGAUUGAAGCAAUAACUUUUCAUCUGAUUGCAGCGGAGAUUUGACCAAAACUGAUUCUAUGAGAGAAGCCUGCAGAGAGUCUACUUUUAUACUGUUUUUAGCUGGAUUUUGGGUAGGAAAACAUUUUUUGACCCAAAUUCCUGCUUCCUAUACAUGAAAGACCUUCAUUUAUGGGACUUUGUUUUUUAUCCCAGCUUUGAUAAUAGAUCAAUGCUUACUCUCCUCCUUUAAAUUAGAGAAAAAUAUCUUAUACCAUUAGCAUUUUCAGUUUAAUUUUCAGAUCGGUAUUUAUCUUUAGGUACUGUUCCAAAGUGAUCUAAAAAAUUAAAAUGAGCCCCCAUUAAAUUGAUAGGAUUUUAGUCCAAUUUAAAGUGGUAAGUUAGAAUACCUUACAAAAACAUAUGGAGAUUUCCUUACAACCUUUAUAUGUUUUAGUAUAAUUCGUUUUAUUAGUGGGUUUGUCAUUAGUUUUGUCAUUCCGCUCAUAGUAUUCAAGAUAAUCAACUGAAAAAAGAUUGACUAUGAGAGAACUUUGAAUAAUCCAAAUAAUUUUUCUGAGCGCUAUGUGUAA